AUGGAGGGUCUUCCGGAGGGGGAGGCACCUGCAGCGGCGCUGGCCGCUGUGCUGAAGCACAGCUCGGCGCUGCCGUCCGAGAGCUCCCAAGUCCGAGGCUACGACUUCAACCGCGGCGUGGACUACCGUGCGCUACUGGAGGCCUUCGGCACCACUGGCUUCCAGGCCACCAACUUCGGGCGCGCAGUGCAGCAAGUCAACGCCAUGAUAGAGAAGAAACUAGAGCCGCUGUCGCAGGAUGAAGACCAUCAUGCAGACUUGACCCAGAGCCGCCGCCCACUUACUGGCUGCACCAUUUUUCUGGGCUACACAUCCAAUCUCAUCAGUUCAGGCCUCCGUGAGACCAUCCGUUACCUCGUGCAGCACAACAUGGUGGACGUCUUAGUGACCACAGCUGGCGGUGUGGAGGAAGAUUUCAUCAAGUGCUUGGCACCCACGUACCUGGGCGAUUUCAGUCUCAGGGGGAAGGAGCUACGUGAGAACGGGAUCAACAGGAUUGGAAACCUACUGGUGCCCAAUGACAAUUACUGCAAAUUUGAGGACUGGUUGAUGCCCAUUCUGGACCAGAUGGUGCUGGAGCAGAACACAGAGGGUGUGAAGUGGACACCUUCCAAGAUGAUCGCCCGGCUGGGCAAGGAGAUCAACAACCCAGAAUCCGUGUAUUACUGGGCCCAGAAGAACCACAUCCCCGUGUUGAGCCCGGCGCUCACAGAUGGCUCCCUGGGCGACAUGAUCUUCUUCCAUUCCUACAAGAAGCCAGGCCUGGUCCUGGACAUCGUUGAGGACCUGAGGCUCAUCAACACACAGGCCAUCUUUGCCAAGCGCACCGGCAUGAUCAUCCUGGGCGGGGGUGUGGUCAAGCACCACAUCGCCAACGCCAACCUCAUGCGGAACGGGGCCGACUAUGCUGUCUACAUCAACACGGCCCAGGAAUUCGACGGCUCGGAUUCUGGUGCCAGGCCAGACGAAGCAGUCUCCUGGGGCAAGAUCCGGGUGGACGCACAGCCUGUCAAGGUCCCCUCCGCAGGUCUAUGCCGAUGCCUCCCUGGUCUUCCCCCUGCUUGUGGCUGAAACCUUCGCCCAGAAGACGGACGCCUUCAUGCCCGAGAAGAACGAGGACUGAAUGGCUAUCGCACCAGCGAAGCCUCCCCUCCUCUAUUUAUUAGCGUGUAGUUCUCCCCUCACUCCUUGGUCAGCAGCGGGUCUCCAAUAAAUGGUCUCUGUGA